CAUAGCGGUCUUAUACCACUACCAUUAAUGAUACCCUCAUUUCACCACUGCAAAACUUUACAUUUAAAACCAUGCCGGCUCUCUCAAAACCCCCAAAUUUCUCAUUUCUUCACGGCAUUGAAGUUUCUCUCAUGUUUUUUUGAUUAAUUUCUUCAAAUUCGAUUUCCCGGGAAAACAAUUGUGAACAGAUACACAUUUUUUUUUUAUCAAUUUUUUCAAUUUCACAGCGAUGGAGGGAGGCAACGGGCACAGAGACACCGCGGGAAGUUCAAGAGGUCUGGUACCCAAGGUGGUGAGGCGGAGCGGCGCGCCAACUGGAAAUGCAGGUAGAGAAAGAGUGGAAUUGGAGCUGAGUUUGGGGCUUUCCACCAACGGGAGGUUUGGGGUCGACCUCGCCAGCCAGAGGAUGAGGCGCUCUUCCUCCGUCGCCAACGUAACAUUGAAUGCUGAUUCUGCAGGUAAUUGUGGACCGGAGCUUGUGAGGACCUGCUCCAUGCCGCCGGAGUUCGGGACGCCGAGGAUGGACAAGUGGAAGAGUGUUGCUGUGCAUGCUGCUGCUAAUGGAGCUUUGACAGACAACGGAGCUGGUUCAACGGAAUUGCCUCAGCCGUCGCUUCAAUCCGAGGGAAAUCUGGUUAAUGGAGCAAAUCAAGCUAAUACGACUGGGGGUAGUUCCGCUGGAGGACAACCAGCUGAUUUGAUUGUUAGCAUUGACGAAGCACUGAUGAAGAGUGGCAUGGUGGACAUGCCAUAUGUCUCAACGAAAGGAUAUGGGCCCAAUCAUAGGAAGACGGAGGGAUUCCUGUACAAAUACAAGAGGGGAGAGGAAGUCAAGAUUGUGUGCGUUUGCCAUGGUCUGUUUCUUACACCUGCAGAAUUUGUCAGGCAUGGCGGUGGGGGUAACGUCGCUUUCCCUUUGAAACACAUAGUUGUUACCCCUUCCUCUCUGUGUUAACAACUAUAGUUGUGUGUUAAGCCUGUCCUCACCAACCUUAGCAGAAUGGUUUGCAACAAACCAUAGCUGUAAAACUAUCUAUGACUAUAAUUUCCUUUGUUUUCAGUGUUAAGAAACUUAGAUGGCAUUGCAAAUGACCAGUUAAACUUAAAUGUUCAUCUACUAGUUUUAUAUAUUUCAUGGGGGAUUGAUAGGCUGGUUUAAGUCA